AUGGCUAGGAAAUUAGGAAAAUCAGUGGCGGAAGAGAAAUACAAAACCCUAGAGGUAGUAGAGAAGAACCCCAAAUCAGGGGUGUUCCACCUAUACUUGAAUCGCUCGAGACAACGCAACGCUCUGACGCAUGAUUUCUUCACUGAAUUUCUCAAAGCCCUGUAUGCCCUGGACCACAACCAUGACGUCAACGUCAUCGUGUUAUCCGGCGCCGGUGAUCACUUCUGCUCCGGAAUCGACAUUUUCCAGUUGAAAUCUAUCACGCAGUCCUACCACGAUGCCGGGGAGAGUCUCCGUCGGCAGAUCCUGGCGAUGCAAGAUUCCGUCACGGCGUUGGAGCGGUGCCAGAAGCCAGUGAUUGCUAGUAUCCAUGGCGCUUGCAUCGGUGGUGCAGUUGACAUCGUGACAGCCUGUGACUUAAGAUAUUGCACGGAGGACGCAUUCUUUUCGGUGAAGGUGGUUGAUUUGGCCCUGGCUGCUGAUCUCAGCACUCUUCAGAGAUUGCCAUUAAUUGUUGGCUACGGUAAUGUCAUGGAGUUGGCCUUGACAGCUCGCCGGUUUUCCAGUUCCGAGGCUAAGCAGUUGGGCUUCGUUUCUCGUGCUUUCCCUUCCAAAGAUGACCUCGAUCAAGCUGGCAGCUGCGUCGCUGGAAGGGACUUCCCCGCCGCCUUGUGCAACCGAAAGAUUAUUGGGGCUCGCUACUCCGCCGACUACGAGGCCUCCAACGAAGAUGAAUGA